CUGAAGCUUAGAGCAACGAUCCUAAGAAAUGAAACCAGUUUUCUCAAAAUCACUAACCAAAACAGAUGUCAAGAAGAGGCUGGCGGUGCCGAUGACGAGCCUUUCAUCCCUGCCGGAUUUCAAAGAAGGGCACACGGUGGAUUUACGCGUUAGGGAUGCGUCAGGGCAAGGAAAAGUCUGGAAAUUCAAAUGCUCUGUCCGCAAGAAAAAUCACCCCAAACCAGUUUUCUGCUCUGGAUGGCUUGAUUUUGUUCGUUUCAAGGAUCUGCAGGUUGGUGAUCAAAUCAAGUUUUACAAGGACAUGGAUGAUGCUCCCGGAGCUAAUUCUUACAAGAUUGAAGUGAAGAAAGCUGUGAGGAUUUUCGGGGUAGUUUUUGGUUACGUAGAGGAGGCCUAGAUUAAUCAGUAAGUGCUGAACCCUUUUUUAUUUCUUCCUUCUUCUUCUUUUUUAUUUUCCUGAUCGGAUGAACAUGCCGGAACGUUGACUGGGGGCGGUUUUUAGCUUUUCCGGUCAAGUUUUCUUUUUGUAUGGUUAUUGUGCAAGUGUGCUUAGUUGUAUUAAAAGAAACAAAAAAAA